AUGAAGCCACCCCCUCUUCUGACCUUCUUGUGCCUCCUGGUGGCCCCGGCUGGCGGGAACCUGGUCCAGUUCGGGGUGAUGAUUGAGCGGAUGACGGGCAAGUCGGCGCUGCAGUACAACGACUACGGCUGCUACUGCGGCAUCGGCGGCUCGCACUGGCCGGUGGACCCCACAGACUGGUGCUGCCACGCGCACGACUGCUGCUACGGGCGGCUGCAGAAGCUGGGCUGCGAGCCCAAGCUGGAGCGCUACCUCUUCUCCACCACCAAGUGCAACAUCUUCUGCGGCGGCAAGACCGCCUGCCAGCGUCAGACCUGCGAGUGUGACAGGACGGCCGCGCUCUGCUUUCGCCGCCACCUGAGGACCUACAACCGCAAAUAUGCCAAUUACCCCAACAGGCUGUGCACCGGGCCCACCCCGCCCUGCCGAGGCUGA